AUGCCUUUAAGUAAAACAUUUUUGACCGCCAAAGGAUCGAUUCUAAACCUCGCGAGAUCUAUUUCAUACAGUUCAAGUUGUAUUAUUAGAAAUAAAGGAUAUAAUCCAGUAUAUCUACAAUUACAAGAUAUUCAAUCAGCAAAAAUAUCAUGGAAUUCUGAGAAAUUAGCUAAAUCUGUACUAUUAAGAGGGUAUUCAACUAAAAGAGGAGGUAAAGAUUCCAAAACUCAGGAAAUUCACGAAGAUUUGAGUUGUAAAGAAGAUGAGAUAGAAGAUAUUCAGGAAAAGGAGAAACUGUCAGAUUAUGAUGAUACGAAUGAGAUUGUAAAGAAGCCGUCGACGAUCAUUUACGAUGUUCUGAACGCAUCAAAGCCGAAAAAUAAGUACGGAAGACAGGCUCAAACUGGUAAAAUUCGUAGAAAACCAAUACCUCUGUAUAUUUCCCACAGUAGUACAACAUAUAAUACUACUAAGGAAAAACCAUAUAUAUCAACUGAACAGACUAGUUCUCAAACAUCUAUAUUUAAGGAGGAAGAUGAGGAUGCGAAGGAUAAGGGUGACAAUGAGAAACCGCCUAGGACUGAUAAAAGUGACAGUGGAGAUCAUUCGGAUCACCUAAUAUCUGCACAGUUUACACUGCCCAUUAUUCAUUUCUCAAAUUCCAAGAGAGUACACGCAUUGCCAGCACUAGCACUUUUUAGAAAGCCAGCAUUUCCAGGGUUCUACCAAGUCUUGCAAGUACAGGACCAAGCAGUGAUCAAGUGCCUAUCAAAUGUAAAGCAGAAUUCAGGCCACGAUUACGUGGGAGGGUUUCUGACUAAAGCCGAAAGACCAAAUGAUGUCAACAACUCAAAUAACCUGCCAAUGCUAAGAGAUGAUGCAGGAUCGGUGUCAUCGUGCGAUGAAAUGCACGUCUACGGGACACUCCUCCAAAUAAUAACAAUAACACCAAACCUGAGUUUCCAAGGAGGACAGGUGAUAUUGAUGCCGCACAAGAGGAUUAAAAUGACUGGAAUUCACGCAGAACCGUCAGAAUCAAACCCUCUGUACAGAGUAGCAGUUGAAUACGUGGAGGACACACCGAAGCACUUUGAGGACUCCUCAGUGACAAAAGCACUUCACUUGGAAAUAAUAGCAACAGUAAAAGAGUUGAUAAAGACGUCUCACUUCUAUAAGGAGCAUUUUGACCAGAUUAUCAGGUUCUAUAACCUGGAUUACCCAACGAGACUGGCGGAUUUGAUUGCAGGAAUUUCACUGGCCAAGAGAGACCAGCUUCAAAAUAUACUCGCUGAACUAAACAUCGAUAAACGACUUACAAUGGUGCUUGAAAUUGCGAAAAACGACCUCGAAUUUGCACGCGUCCAGAACGAAGUGAACACCCAGUUGGAGGAGAAGCUGUCUAAGGACCAGCGCAAGUACAUUUUGACCGAACAAAUGAAAAUGAUCAAGAAGGAAUUGGGGAUGGACUCAGAUGAUAAGUCGAACGUGAUUGACCAGUUUGAGAGCGAGUUUGAGAAAGUUAAGAUGCAUAUGUCAGAUGAAGCAAUCUCGUCAUUCAACAGUGGUAUUUCGAGACUGAAACACUUAGAGUCGUCUAGUGCAGAGUUUGGAGUUUGGAGAUCAUAUCUUGAGUGGUUAGUAGGUCUUCCAUGGGGAAAAACUACCGAAGAGUCCAAGGAUAUCCACAGAGCUAAGGAGAUAUUAGAUUCACACCAUUUUGGACUAAAUGACGUAAAAACAAGACUGUUGGAGUUCAUGGCGACAACAAUACUCAACGGUCAAACUAGCGGCAAAAUCAUUUGCCUAAUAGGACCACCGGGAGUGGGAAAAACAUCAAUUGCAAUGGCAAUGGCAGAGUCGCUGAACAGGAAGUUGUACAGGUUUUCAUUGGGAGGAUUGUUUGACAUUGCAGAAAUAAAAGGUCAUCGUCGAACAUACGUGGGAUCACUUCCAGGCAAGUUUGUACAAGCCCUAAAGUACACCAACACACUUAACCCGCUGAUUAUCCUGGAUGAGAUUGACAAGUUGGGCAGAGACACGAGGGGAGACCCUGCAUCUGCACUUCUCGAGGCUCUGGACCCUUCUCAGAACAUGAACUUCCGUGACUUUUAUUUGGACAUACCAGUUGACCUCUCCCAAGUCCUGUUCGUAUGUACAGCAAACUCAAGUGACACUAUACCGACACCGCUCUUGGACAGAAUGGAGCUUAUAACAAUACCAGGAUACCUGCCUGAGGAGAAGUUGCUGAUAUCAAAGAACUUUCUAAUACCGCAGACACAAAAAAAUACGGGACUGACACCAAAAGUUAUUGAGAUCCAAGACAGUGCAAUUGAGUGCAUAAUUAAGCAGUACUCGAGGGAGGCCGGAGUGAGGAACUUGUUGAAGUGCAUCGAAAAAAUACACCGGAAAGUUGCACUCGACCUCGUUAUGAAACACACCAAAACCACAAGCUCAGAAGCAUCUGAUAGCUCUAGCCAAUCAACAGAUUCUAGCGAAACCAGUUCUGAUCCAAGCCAUGAUGAAAAAUUAAAUCCAAACCAGGUUGAGGAUGUCAAAAGUGCUCUGGAAAACAUUUCAAAGUGCACAGUUGUGAAGUCUGAGGAUGUUCAGUCGUAUUUAGGUGUUCCAAUAUAUACCAAGGAGACACUUCAUCCAUAUCCUCUGCCGUACGGAGUCGUCCUCGGUCUGGCCUGGACUAACGCAGGAGGGGCAACAAUGUACGUUGAAGCCCACGGACAAAUGCUCGACAAGAAAGGAAACUUGAUAGAACCUGACCGCACUCCUGCAAAAGAUUUAUUAGGAUCAACAGAUACAAAAGAGCCAGCCGAUACUACUGGUAUUGAAGCUCUAAAGGGCGGAAGCCUGAAGGUCACUGGGCACUUGGGAACUGUCAUGACUGAAAGCUCACAAAUAGCACUGACCUACUGCAAGACUUUCAUUAGAAAACACCAACCCAAUAACAUAUUCCUAGACGAGGCAAAUAUACACAUUCACGUGCCGGAAGGAGCAACACCCAAGGACGGCCCAAGCGGCGGAAUCACAAUGGCUUCUGCUUUGAUAUCCAUAGCUGCCAAAAAGAGGAUUAAGCCUUCAAUUGCAAUGACUGGAGAGUUGACGAUAUCAGGUAAGGUUCUCAGGGUCGGUGGAAUUAAGGAGAAGCUCAUUGCCGCCAUCAGGGAGGACAUUAGCACUGUGAUAAUGCCCGUUGGAAAUAAGCCUGACUUCGAGGAACUCGAUGCUAGCAUUAAGGACAAACUGUCCAUCAUUUUCGUAGACACUUUCGACGACGUUUACCAUCACGCCUUUGAGUAA